CUCGUUUGGCCCAUUUGAAUCUGCGACCGAAGAAAGUCAUCUGGACAACGACGACGAUGUUGAAUCGGUUCAAGAGCGCUGUGGCCACGGCGGCGUACGAUGUCGGCGCGUCCGUGUCGGGGGUUGUAUCCCAGGCCGUACUUGGGGAAGAAUACGAAAAGGGCUACGAAAUGCCGCGAGACAGCACCGCCAGCGGCGGUCACGAACUGUUGUGGAAGAUUUACCCUGCUUUGUCGCGCAAAACGGGCGCGGAAGUCAGUGUGUUCGUGUUCGACAAGAAGGACCUUGACAAGGUCCAGAACAAGGAGCGCGUUCUCGACGUCCUUCGCCAGGACAUGAAGACGCUGCGUGUCCUGCGACAUCCACAGAUCCUCAAGAUCGAGGAAGUGAUUGAAGAAACGCGCAAGACGCUGUCCUUCGUCACAGAGCGGGUCACGUGCUCGCUCGCGAACGCGUGCAAGAACUUUGCGAACGUUGCCAACGUCACGCCAGAAGUGCUCGAGAUUGGGUUGUCCGAAUUCGAAAUCGCGUGCGGGCUCAUGCAUGUCGGCGAGUCGCUCUCGUUUCUCCAUCGUGAGGGCCGCCGCGUCCACUUGAACUUGACGCCGUCCUCUAUCUUCAUCACGCCCAAAGGAGAAUGGAAGCUCGGUGGGUUUGGUUUUUGCCGUGUCGUGGAGCCUGGCCAAACGUCGCGCAGCGAAUACUACGCCGCGGGUGGCGCAGAACCGCUCAAGAAGGGCAUGACCAACGGCAACUACGAGCCGCAGCUCGAGUACUGUGCGCCGGAGCUCAUCACAGAACCUCGGUCGUUCAACUCGAGUGCGGACAUGUUUUCUCUCGGUCUGCUCGUGCUGGAGCUGUUCUCGCCCCCGAAACCCGACGGGACGCACGAACCUGCCCUCGGGCAUUUGGAAGGCAAGGUCAUGACACACGGGUACAAAACGCAGUCGCUGCACCCCAUGACGUUCAACUCACUCGUUCCCGUCACGUUACACAACACGAUCCGGUCGUUGUUGCAACUGACGCCGUCGGCACGGCCGGAGGCGCGGGCAUUUCUGUCGUCGCCGUUCUUCGACUCUGGCCUCGUCAAGACGCUCCGAACCCUCCAGACCCUUGUGGAGCAGGACCCAGCGACCCAAGCAAAGUUCCUCCAGUCUCUCCCCGAUAUUCUCACGGGGCUUUCGCCGCGCGUGUUGCGCGACAUGGUCCUCCCUGGGCUCCAAAGCGUCGUGAUCAACCCGCCCGUCGCUCCGUUUGUGAUCACGCCGCUGCUCAAGAUCGUGUCGAUGGUGGACAAGUCGACGUUUACCCGCAGCAUUGCGCCAAUGCUGGUGCCGCUCCUCCAAAUCACCGAGCCCGUCCAGUGCAUGCUCAUGUUUGUCUCGAACCUGGAGACGCUCAUCCCCAAGGCCGAAGACGGGUACAUCCGCGACCAUAUCGUUCCCAUGCUGUGUCGGUCGCUUGAUUCGACGGUCCCGGAAAUUCUCGACACUGUGCUCAACAAGAUUGUCGACCAAGCGAGCUUGUUCGAGUACCGCAUCCUCAAGCAGGUGAUACUUCCCCGCGUCACGCGCCUCAUUCUAGACCCGCCACAGCUGUCGGUGCGGGUGAACGCACUGCUUUGGUUUGCCAAAUUGUUUCAUGUGUUUGACAAAGACCUCCUCAUCGACUCGGUGCUCCCAUGUCUGUCUGAAUGCCUCACAAAAGACAAAACGCCCGCCGUCUGCAUGUGUAUUCUCGGAUGCUACGACAAUCUGGGCAAACACCUCGGCGCUGAGUACAAGGCCAAGCUCAUUUUGCCUGCCGUCGCGCCGCUCCUGUGGGAAAAGAACUUGAACGGCGCGCAGUUCGACAUGGUGUGUGAGCGCGUCAACUCGAUGUUGAAGGAAAUCAUCGCCGAGCGCGAGAAAUCCUUGAUGGCUGAGGGCGGCCUCGCCACGCAAAGCUUGGCGACGUCGGGAUUCCAAGACCAAGCGCGCGCGCUGGAAGCGGCCAAAGAGCGCCAGUCUGGCCUGUCGUCAGUCAAUAAAAUGCUGCAGGAGGAAUACGUUGUCAAGAAGGAACCGGAGAAGCCUGCCGUGAACGAACCGCCACAGCCGUACUCGGAUCGCCGACCGGCGGUCUACUCGGACCGCAACACGGCCUCGUCGUCGUCGUCGCAGCGGAAUUCGUCGGAUCCGUUUCUGCUAUCGUCCAACACCUCAUCUGACAAGACAGACACCAGCGCUUCGUCCUCAAGUACGGAAAGCUAUGCCGCGCGUCGGAAGGCGAAGAAAGCAAACCGCGAAGCCAAGACAUCGACCGAGUUGCUCGACUUGCCGGUGCAGCAACCUGCGUCCAGUGCAUUUGACAACUCGCUUCUGUCGACGGCAUUGCCGGUCGCAACACCCCCGCCAGCCGCUGCCUCGACGACCGCCAACAUGUUUUCAGGCAUGAGCAUGAGCAACUCGGGUCCCCCCGCGGCAUUUAACCCCCCGAUGAACCAGUCGUUCGCCCCGAUGCCGCAAGCACCGUCAUCUUUCAUGGCUCCUCCUCCGGCUGCAGCCCCGUACGGCCAACAAGGGUACGCCAACCAGCAGCACUUUGCAUCGCAGCCGACGCAGUACAUGCAACCCCCUGUGCAGCAACCUGCAUUCAAUACAUUCAAUGCUGCGCCGACGAUGGCCCAAGGCCAAUACGGACAACAGCAGCAGCAGUACAACCACCCAGGGGGCUACAACUCGACGCCUGGCUACCCCCAAGCGCCAUUCCAGAUUGCGUACCCGGCGCAACAACAGCAACAAGACUCGAACAAAUUUAGCGCGUUUGAUAACUUGUAAUCGGGCCAUGCCCACUUGCACCAGACA